UUUGUAUGCUUGCCAUUUUGUUGUCAGUUGUCACAAUCGACAUUUAAGGGAUUGCUGCUUCUCAUUUUAUAUAAUUUAAGAACAGCGAUUUUGCAAUUACUGGGGCGAAAUGGCUUUAAACUUCGGUCAGUACCCAAUUGAGUACGAUCCAAAAAUCCAUGGACCGUAUGACCCAGCUCGUUUCUAUGGGAAACCUGACACUCCUUUUGGGCAAUUGAAAUUGUCUGAAGUUGGAUCAUGGUUGGGUCGUCGCGAUAAAAGUCCCCGAGCAGUAGUUGGAGCUAUUAGCAGAGCAUAUUGGAGAUGGCAGCACAAGUACGUCCAACCAAAGCGAGCCGGAAUCGCUCCAUUUUUACAAGUCGUAGUUGGAUGCAUGGGAAUCUUUUAUGUCUUCAACUAUGACAAGAUCUCCCGCCACAGGAACUACAAACAUCAUUAAUCUCAUCAAACACUUUAACAUUAGUAGGACCUGCAUUCAACAAUAUUUCCAUUGUCUGAAACGCUAUUGUAGCUAAUAUACAAUUUCCAAUAGUU